AUGAGAUCUCACGACAUUGCGGGGGUGAAAAGAGAUUUCUCUGAAUUACUUAUAGCAUCCUUAGAUACACCGAACGUGACCAACCAAAUAGCUGCCAAUUCAGUCUCUGGUGAAAGCCACAAUAGCCAGACUACAGCAUUUCAGCCUCAUAACGCGGCCAUGGCAAGCCUGCUGUUACCGAACCAGCAUAAUUCCAAUUCCCAGACACAAGCCCGGUUGCCUGGCUGGCUUGAGAAUAUUGUCCAGACACCAAACUCGUCGCAUGGAAAUGCACAAUCGCAAACCUCACUAUUAAUGUCUAACAGUAUAUGGGAUCCCACGUCGAAUGAAGCUGUGAGUUUUGGUCAAUACUCGCAAGCACCAACCUGGCUAGCUGACGAGCACUUCGACUUAAAUGCUAUGAAUCUGUCGGUCACUGAAAGCGCGCUUGGCUUUUACUCGCCUGCUUACACCACAAACGAGGAGCAUACGAAUACUGUGAUCCAGCCCCCGAGAGAAACGAUCCACGAACACAAGGAGGAUCAAGUUCGCGAACUUUGGUUCACUUACGUGGGAACUCACACCGGCAAAAUUACACCAGAUAUUGCCGCAGAGAAUGUGGAGUUGGAUGAGCAGUAUCGCCAAAACCUAUCUCAACGACUGCAGCAGCGGGUUCCGACAGAGCCCUUGCCGUCAACUGAAUUUCUAAAUCUUUGUACACAAUUAUUCUUCACGCAUUUGAACCCAGUAUUCCCGAUCGUUCAUGCUCCUACCUUUCGACCCUUGGCUAAGAGCUCACUUCUCCUCUUAUCCAUAUGUUCGAUUGGAAGCCUCUUCGUUGGUUCGAAUUAUGCGGUAACGCAAAGGUCGAUCAUCUUCGAGAGACUGAACAAGGCUAUUUUAGCGACGUGGGAAAAAUACCUACUUGGUUGCAAAGGGGAAGCACUGGCGAUGACGCAGGCGGCUCUCAUAGGCCAAACAUUCGCUAUGCUCUUAUGUACAUUUCAUGGCACAGUCACCGCAUGGGAUCGUAUUUACAAAAUGUUCGAUCUUCGGAGAGCGACGGACCGUUUGGGCUCCCGACUAGAGACACGCACCCCGGAGGAGUCAUGGAGAAUCUGGGCCCAGGCCGAAGAGCAGAUCCGUCUUCACCAACAAGACACCGAGAUAUCCGAGCUUGUUCUCACGCAUCCGCUCAUGCGACAUGACAACACAUUAACUCCAUUGACUGCGAGCCAUGAUCUCUGGACUGCUCCAAAUGCUACGCAAUGGAGGGAUAUUUUGAGACGCAGGGCUCCGCGAGCCUCACCUGAAAUUGUUUUGCAACUGUCAAACGACCAUCCCCAGCUCAUAAAUGAGCACACCGAAGGGUUUCAAAGUUACACAAAGUUAGAGAGCAUCUCUGCGAGAUUCAUGUUUGGGAUCAAAAUCUCCGAUACAAGCCAGGAAAUCCGGAGAGCGAUCCAUUUUGCCUGGAAGUGCUUUGACACUCAAGCUUCAUGUCGCUCUUGGUGGACUUCAAUCGCCUGGAGUUAG